AUGGGCCGCGCCCCUCCGCCCCGUCCCGGGCCGCUCUGGAGCGGCCGGUGCGGCGGGACUGCCGUGUGCCCUGCCCGGAGCUGCCGUGUGCCCUGCCCGGGGCUGCCUUGUGCUCUGCCCGGGACUGCCGUGUGCCCUGCUCGGGACUGCCGUGUGCCCCUCCCGGAGCUGCCGUGUGCUCUGUCCGGAGCUGCCGUGUGCCCUGCUCGGGACUGCCGUGUGCCCCUCCCGGAGCUGCCGUGUGCUCUGCCCGGGACUGCCGUGUGCCCCGCCCGGAGCUGCCGUGUGCCCUGCCCGGAGCUGCCGUGUGCCCCUCCCGGGACUGCCGUGUGCCCUGCCCGGAGCUGCCGUGUGCUCUGCCCGGGACUGCCGUGUGCCCUGCCCGGGGCUGCCGUGUGCCCCUCCCGGAGCUGCCGUGUGCCCCUCCCGGGACUGCCGUGUGCCCUGCCCGGAGCUGCCGUGUGCCCCGCUCGGGACUGCCGUGUGCCCUGCCCGGAGCUGCCGUGUGCCCUGUCCGGAGCUGCCGUGUGCCCUGCCCGGGAGUGCCGUGUGCCCUGCCCGGAGCUGCCGUGUGCCCCGCCCGGGACUGCCGUGUGCUCCGCCCGGAGCUGCCGUGUGCUCUGCCCGGAGCUGCCGUGUGCUCUGCCCGGAGCUGCCGUGUGCUCUGCCCGGGAGUGCCGUGUGCCCUGCCCGGAGCUGCCGUGUGCUCUGCCCGGAGCUGCCGUGUGCUCUGCCCGGGACUGCCGUGUGCCCUGUCCGGAGCUGCCUCCCGCACACACCGGCGCUGCGAACUUCCCCGAGCCGCUCCGCAGGGCGGUUCUCAGCCGGCCCUCCGCUCUGUGUGUAACCCCUAACGUGUCGCUGAGCAGAGAACGUGUCCUCACUUAG